GUGGUAUUGAAGAGGUAUCGUAUCGAAGUUCAAAAUUCUGGUAUCGUGACAACCCUAUUGCUGAGUCAACAUAAACUCCUAGAUCUUUUUCAUAGAUUCUUUCUUCAAUUUCAGUAUCUCCCAUAUGGUAUUUAUAAUGCACAUUUUUAUUGCCUGUAUGCAGUACCUUACACUUUUCUCUAUUAAAUGUAAUUUGCCAUUUGUUAAUUACAUUGCUCAAGUUUGACUAAACACCAUCUGUGUAUAAUGAGUCAUUUUAAUGCAAAACAAGUGUUUGUUUAAUUCAAUGGGCAGAACAGUAUUCAUUUUUAUUAUUACUAUAAUAACAAAUGCUAAUGGAUCUUGUUAUCUGUGAGCAUUAGGAUAAUUGGAAUUAAAUGUAUUAGCAUGUUUGACAAAUAAUUCACUGAAUAAUUAAACAAAUUAUAAAACCUUUUACAAAGAUCGCUGGUUACACUGAUUUGCAUUCUCAUCUGGGUAUGUUUGACCAUUGUUCCCAAGGGCUGAAACAUCAGCUGGUAGUAUAGCUUGAAAGUGCAGAUUCAGAUCUCUAUGAAAGGAACAACAUUAAUUGAAUCUGGUAGCUAGUGGCGCCAAGUAAUCCCACAGUGCUAACAAUAAUUCAGUGCCUUUUACCUUUCUGCACAGAUUGGACAGUGACCUGAUCAAGGAGUAUGCUGUUCUAUUUUGAGCGGGUAAAUUAUCACUGAAACAAUAUAAUAUGCUCUAACAGCACAACAUAAUGCAACUUAAGGGGUCUGCACUUGUUACAAUACCAGCAAUGCUUGAGUGACAUACCUAUUAAAGUUACAGCAAAAUUCAAUCUCAAUAUUCUAAACUCUAAAAAGAGGGCUCCAGGUCCACAGUCGUUUCUCCAGAACUUUUUUUAAAAAUGAUUUUUGCUGUAAAUAUUCACUCUGUCUUGACUGGGUUUGCUUUUUCAGUUGCAUGUUUACUUUGUGAGAAUGUUGCUUAUACUUUCACAAAGCAAGACACUGGGGUUUUCACUGUAAUUAUCAUUGUAAACUGUAAUUAGAAUAUAAUGGAACUCUGGAAUGGAAUAUAAUGGAACUGAGUGAAUUCUGAUGAGUGCUCUGUGUACAAGGUUCAUUGUGGCAAGGUGAUUUUUUUUCACUUGUUGAGAUUUAGUAUCCUAGCAACUAACUUAGAAACAAAGCAAAUAGAGGGACCAAGAGGAUUUCCAAGUGCUUUAACAUUUCACUGGAAAGCUGAGGAAGGUCUGUGCUGGUCAAACUCCAGAAUGGCUACAGAAACCAGCAAUGUUCAGAAUUUGUCCUCAAAACAGGAUGCUUUAAAUGCAUCUGUAAAGAAAAGAAUGAAGCAACUAGAAGAUCCAGUGUCCAGUACCUUCAACCAUAAGGACAUACUGAAAAGCAUGAGUAAAGCUGGGGAUGUAUCAUUUAAUAACCCUCUACGGUUUAUUGAUGAUGCUGUAAGGCCUCCAUCCAAGGGCAGCCCUCGGUUCGGGACUCUGAGUCAUCAUUCCUUCUUCUCCAGGCACAACCCGCAUCCCCAUAGAGUGACUCACAUCCAAGGUCUGAAUGGAAAUCCUGUGUGCAUAGUAAAUGACAAUUGGUAUGCUUCUACCCCUCUGUGUCCACACCCUUUAAUUAGAAGCCAGCUUCCCAUGACUGUUUUGGGAGCUCCCGGGUUGCAGUGGCCCUUUGGAGAGCUUUAUGGAAGUGGUACACAAAGACAGGGCACAGGUUUGCUGUCGGAGGCCUGGAGAGAGGAGCUUAAAGAUCUUGCAGCUAAAAUCUGUCUGGCAGGCACUUUUGAAAAAGAGGAAAAGAAAGUAGAAGUACCGGUACGCAGAGUUACACAGUACUCUGCACAGACUGGUCGAAUAAUCCCACCCUCAUCACGAGCUGCAAGUCACCGAUCAAACCAGGCUUCAAGAAGACAUGCCCGAACCAAGGGUCAAUUUCCAUCUGCAGCUAUCUGCAAUCAGGAACUUAUGGUUCUGGAACUGCUCUGUCAAAUUCUCCAAACUGAUUCUUUAUCUCAAGUCCAGCAAUGGUUGCUGUCAGCAGGGCAACGUGAGAAAGACAUGGUUAUGGGAAUGAUCCAAACUGCAGUGGCAAACAGCUCCUCUGACCAUCAACAAAUUGGUGAGAAUCCAGAAGGAUUUGUCACUCAGAUGUCUCCAUUGGCACAUAGUUCCUCCUGUCCCUCGACUACUGGACACAACAUAAACAAAAACCUGCUAAAUCGAUUCUACCAUGAACAGAAGCCUAAAACAAUUAAAGAAGAGGAGAUGCCAGAGCGUAUUGGAACAGCAGAGGUUCUUCAGAUUCACACAGAUCCGUCUCUUGAUGCGCAAGAAAAUGAAAACAGUAACUCUGGAAACUCCAAAGACAAUUUAAUUCAAUAGAGUAUUUAAUAGUGAUCUGUGGACUUUGUACACUGCUAGUCUCCUUAUUAAAAUAUGUCCAACUACUAUAAUCAUGAAUGCAUUUGUGCACUUCCAAGCUUUUUAUAAAAGAGGUGCUGACCAAUAUAAGGCACUUUGUACACUAAAGAAUGUCUCCAUAAACAAAGUCAUAAAACAGUUCUUAGUAAUGGUGAAUUAACUAUCCAUGCAUACCUCGUUUAAUUGUUGGUAUUUGUGGAGUUGGGACUGGUCGCACACUUAAAAAAUCUCUUCUAUAUUCUUGAAUGUUGUGCAGCAAAAUCUUCUUACAUUGUAGCAGGAGUGUGGAGUAGUGGUUAGGGCUCUGGACUUGACCAGAGGGUCGUGGGUUCAACCCCAGGUGGGGGACACUGCUGCUGUACCCUUGAGCAAGGUACUUUACCUAGAUUGCUCCAGUAAAAACCCAGCUGUAUAAAUGGGUAAUUGUAUGUAAAAAUAAUGUGAUAUCUUGUAACAAUUGUAAGUUGCCCUGGAUAAGGGCAUCUAAUAAUAAUAAUAAUAAUAAUAAUAAUAAUAAUAAUAAUAAUAAUAAUAAUAAUAAUAAUAAUAAUAAUACUGAUUUUAUUUGCUUUUAAUUCAACCAGAAACAUGUAAAAACACUAUAUCAGCCUACAGUGGAAUCAUCCAGUCAUACUGUGUCACAUAUUUAACCUUAUGAACCAAAUAUAAUCUUCCAUAUUGGGUUCUGUUCCUUUUAAAUGUAUGACUAGACUUUUUAAAUACAGGAUAUUCUGUUAAGGAUUGAUGCUGUGUAAUUAAUUGCACAAAGCAGGGCCCAGUAUUAGUUUGUACUUAAUUACACCAGUUGUAACUCUUCCAAUGUUAUUGUGUAUGUGAAGAAUAACUUUUUUUGAAAUAAAUAAACAGGACAUUAAAACCAAUAAUGAAUAAUGUUAAUGUUGUCAGAAGUUUCAAAGUUCAUAUUUAAAGAUAUUGAUACAAAAGGCACACAGUCUGGUUCUGAUUAGGAGCUGUAGUGGAAUCAUCAGGCGUUGUUAAUAUGCUGGUUUGUAAGUUUUUCAGAAAAAAGCAUCCCUC